AUGGGUCUGGUGUUGUAUAUGGGGUGCGCACUGACUCCCAUUUGCCAUCUCCAGGUCACCUCGCAAUUGGCGCAAAAGAAAGUUGCGUUUCGGACUCAGCCUGACAUCCGCUUUAUGACCCUUCAGAGGACGCUGGAGGACUCGGAUGACUGGACAGGACCUAGUGAUGGAGGAGAGAGCGACUGUGACCCUGCGCUGGAUUCUGGAUUCUCUCUGCUGGACUCCAGGACAUCAGACCUGUCUCUGGCAGACGAGCCGCUCUCUGUUCAGAGGGCGCGGAACAAGUUAUCAGAGAUGGAGCUGCAGGAAAUGUCUGAAAAACUUUCCCGACGUCUGGAUGAGCUGGAUCAGAUGCUGAAGGGGCAUUGGGGGAGCAGGCCCAGAGCAGCGAACCUAAAGAGGAGGACAAGCUGUCCCAGCACAGCGACAGCAUCAUGGAAUUCCGCAGGAAGAAGAGACUGCAGGCUACACAAACCCAUAGAAAGCCGCCAACCAGACCGCGCUCUCUCUCCUCGUCCCCUGUACCGCUGCCGACGCCGCGCGACCGCUACCGUGUGCGCAGUUUGAGGACGCUCUUCACAAGGAGGCCAGAGGGGAGCUGGGGAAGAUCCGGAGAGAGGUGCAGAAGGAACUGGACAUGCAAAGGCUCAAAGCUCAGAUGCUCAAUGCGGCUUACAAGGAGGAACUGAAAGAUUUUGAGAAGACGGAGAAAGUCAAAUUGUCAAAAUUAAAAGAAAAAGUCAAUCAGAAGGAUCAAGAAAAUAUCUUCAAAGAACCUGAGAAAAAGUCACACCUGGAGAAGGUAUAUUCAGGGAGGCAGAUGAGGGCGCAACAAUGGACCCCCAGCUGUCACAAGGCUGCAGGACGCAUGAAGAUUAAAGAACCCGACCUCCUUCCUCUCUUACUGGACGAGUUCCCACAUCUGCAGAUCUCCCCCCACACCUUCAACGCUAUGUGGAAGGGGCAACUCACCCAGGUAGAGCAACUCGCCAGGUCUGCCCAGGAGGACGAGAGGAGCGAGCGCAAGCUGCAGAGAGAGGUGGAAGAGGCACACAAGAGACACGGCCUUCUCACUGAGAUUAUCCGGAGGGAACAAGAACAGAACCAGCGUCUGAAAGACUUCAAGGAGAGAAUCCGCCUGCAGAAAACCGCGCAGAAUAGAAUGAAGGAGAAUCGGCAGCAGGUGACACGUGCCAAGAAAUACUACGAAGACUAUCAUGUGCAGCUCCGGGCCAAACUGAUGCGGGUCAGAACACGGGAGGAGAAGAUCAUGAAAAAUCUCUUCGAGGAAGGCCUGGAGAUCCAGAAGCAACGACUGCGAGAACUGCGCUCAUACACCAAGGAGCAGCGCGAGGAACAGAGGAAGAGACACAAAGACGAGCUGGAGUCCAUGGAGAACUACUAUAAGGAUCAGUUCUCCAUGCUGGCAGAAGCCGUGACCCAGGAAAAGCAAGAAAUGCAGGCACAUGAGAAGGCACAGUCCAAGAAUCUACAGAAGACGAAGAAGGAACUGCGGUUGAAGAUGGAGAAGGAGAUCCAGGAGCUGCAGGAGAUGAUCUUACGGGCCGAUGAAGAUGUUUUCUUCCGAGAGUUGGAGGCCGACCGCCUGAAGAGGCGGCUGCAGAUGGCUUCCUUCCAAUACGGCAAGAGCCACUGCCUGUAA